CCAGAAAAACAAAAUCUAAAGCACAUAUUCUCCUUCCUCAAAUAUGGGAAACAAAUCUUCGUCCUCUUCUUCUUCUUCAUCCUCAAAGUCCUCCAUUUCCAACAAGACAUUAAGCGGGGUUGGUAACCUCAUCAAGCUCCUCCCUACCGGCACUGUCUUCCUCUUCCAGUUCCUCAACCCUAUAGUAACCAACAACGGCGACUGCCAAACCGGUAUCUACAAGCCCUUGACCGUCAUACUCCUCGCAGUCUGUGCCUUCUCUUGUGCCUUUGCCUGCUUCACCGAUAGCUACAAAGGCAGUGACGGAUUGACCCAUUACGGUAUGGUCACCAAGAACGGUCUCUGGCCAUCGCCGAGCUCAGAGCACGUCAAUCUAUCGAGUUAUAAACUGCGUUUUAGGGACUUCGUGCAUGCUUACUUUACCGUGAAGGUGUUUGCUGUGGUGGCGUUGCUGGAUGGAAACACCGUUCAUUGCUUUUACCCGGCCGAGCAGAAGUCCACUGAGAAAAUUCUGCUCAAGGUGUUGCCUCCGGCCAUCGGAACUAUCUCCGGUGCUGUGUUCAUGUUGUUUCCGAACAAGCGGCAUGGAAUUGGGUAUCCCUCUUCUAGUGAUGGCAGCGCCACAACUAAUACAAAUCGCUCGUAAUUUGGUUGCAACAUAUAUAUGUGAAAAUACAUCGCAUGAGAAAGUUUGGCUUUAAUUUUUCUUCUUCUUCUUCUUCUUUUUCUUCUUCUUUUUUCAAUCAAAUGUUUGUGUGGCUAGCAUAAUAAUUGUGCUUAAUUAAG